AUGCUGUCCUGCCGCCUCCAGUGCGCACUGGCCGCGCUCUGCAUCGUCCUGGCCUUGGGCGGUGUCACCGGCGCCCCCUCGGACCCCCGACUCCGUCAGUUUCUGCAGAAGUCUCUGGCCGCUGCCGCAGGAAAACAGGAACUGGCCAAGUACUUCUUGGCAGAGCUGCUGUCCGAGCCCAACCAGACAGAGAAUGAUGCCAUGGAGCCCGAGGACUUGCCCCAGGCAGCGGAGCAGGAUGAAAUGAGGCUGGAGCUGCAGAGGUCUGCCAACUCGAACCCAGCCAUGGCACCCCGGGAACGCAAGGCGGGCUGCAAGAACUUCUUCUGGAAGACCUUCACAUCCUGCUAG